UUACAGACAGACAUGGGCGUUCCGACACAUCUGUUACAGCCUCUUAGUGUUGAUACCAGCUCAAGUUAUGAUCUCGACAUGUCCAGGUUUCCAGGCCUGAAUGAUCCAAGAUACAAAAAUGAACCUAUGUUAAUGGUUGCACAGAGAUCUACAAAUUACUGUGGAUAUAACAACAUUCAAUGGACGUGUUCUGGCAGAAGGGAGAGUUCAAUCAGGCUCCCCCAAACAAUUCACCAUGCGGAUACCAGUUUAACUUCCAGAUGUCCACCAAUGCAUUCUUCUGUGCACCCAGUGGAUGUUCCUGACGAUCUGCUUGAAAUCACUGAUCUCCAAGCUCAGGAUUUGUUGGAACUUCUGGAUACAAAAGAAUAUGAGAUUCUCGUCGAUGAUAUUAGUCAAGAACUGCAGAGACAUGAUCAGUUACCAGAUAUACAGAUCCUUGCAGUCGAACAAAAAAGGGAUUGUACUCAUGAUCAAAGACAAUUGCAUACAAAUUACCAUCGACCAGAUCUACAUUCAACGCCAUUUGAACAAAGGAGAUUCAGUUGUUACCAAAGUGAAAUACCUCAGCACCAUCCAAGGAAUACCACGCCGUACAACAGGUCUUUAAAUAUGUGCAAGGACUUCAAAGGAUAUGUGUAUCCCACAUACAACAUGAGCACAAACAGAUGUGUGGCUGUAAAUGCACCGGUUAAUUCAUUCGGAAAUACUUUAGUAAACCCUGUCGGUAAUAAAUCUGUAGCCACAGCUGUCAGGAACAAGAGGAAAUGGUCAAGUGAUAGUGACAAUUCCCAUAAGAGGAGAUGUCUGCAGGCGAGACAUGUGGAUUACCUUGGGCAAUAUUCUGUGAUAAGACAAGGGUCUCAGAUAGGAGUGAUGUGAUAGAUGCCAUCGAUAAAACAGUUCCUGACGCAUAUGGAUAAUAUUUCUCACGAUGUAUAUUGUGUGCAUGUGUGUAAAGAUAACGCGUAUGAAAAGCCAAAUCGUGUAUACUACUUGCAGAGUGCAUGCAACUAAUUCCGUCAUUGUUAUUUAUUUGUUGCAUAUUUUAUAUUGAAUAAACCUUAUUUUCAUA